CUUGAAGCCGUUCACAGGGCUGCAGCAGUCCAGACCUCUGGACAGCGGGCUGCCGUCAACCUGCAACAUCUCUGUCUCUGAAUCCAGACAGUUUAUACCAGCGAGGAUCCCACGAUGAGGCAAAAGUAAAAGCGUCGGGAUCCGUGCCACUCGUUCCGUCUCUUGAAAGCAGCCCGGUGAUGGUGAACAAGUGUUUCCUGAGGACCUGAUAGAAGACUGGAUGUGGUUGUAACUAUGCUUACGUCAGGGUGGGGGGUGUGGGCCCUCUCCCCCUGUGGCCUUGUGCUGGUCAUCUGUGCGUCUGUGUGUCUGUCCCAGCAGCCUCCAAUCAAACCUGCAGACUGCAGUAAAAAGGAACAUCCUGUUGUCUCCUACCAAGCAUUGAGGCCGUGGAUGGCAGAGUUCUCCCGUCCAGGAGUGAAGGAUUUCUCUCAGUUGGCUCUGGACCUGAGCAGGAACCAGCUCAUUGUGGGAGCCAGAAACUUCAUCUUCAGACUGAGUUUGAGCAACGCCUCCCUUAUACAGGCAGCAGAGUGGGCACCUGAUGAAGACACAAAGCGCUCGUGUCAGAGCAAAGGCAAAUCUGAGGAGGAAUGUCAAAACUACAUCCGAGUUUUGUUGAUCAGUGGGAGGAUGCUCUUCACGUGUGGGACCAACGCUUUUACACCUGUCUGUAUAACCAGGCAGAUUGGUAACAUCAGUCAGGUGUUGGACACAGUGAAUGGUGUCGCCCGAUGUCCCUAUGACCCACGCCACAACUCCACCGCCAUGGUAACAGAGAAGGGCGAGCUGUACGCUGCUACAGUGAUCGACUUCUCAGGGCGUGACCCAGUCAUCUACAGGAGCCUGGGGAACAUGCCGCCGCUGCGCACCGCCCAGUACAACUCCAAAUGGCUCAACGAGCCUCAUUUCGUGUCAGUUUACGAGAUUGGCCGGUUUGCCUACUUCUUCCUGAGAGAAACCGCGGUAGAAAACGACUGCGGGAAGAUGGUGUUCUCUCGCGUGGCACGGGUCUGUAAGAACGACAUGGGCGGCCGUUUCCUUUUGGAGGACACCUGGACCACCUUCAUGAAGGCCCGGCUCAACUGCUCCCGCUCAGGAGAAAUCCCCUUUUACUACAACGAGCUGCAGAGCACCUUUUACUUACCGGAGCAGGACCUGAUCUACGGCAUCUUCACCACUAAUGUAAACAGCAUAUCAGCUUCAGCUGUCUGUGCCUUCAAUCUGAGCUCCAUCACCCUGGCUUUUAACGGACCUUUCCGCUACCAGGAGAACCCCCGCACUGCCUGGCUGUCCACCCCAAACCCCAUACCCAAUUUUCAGUGUGGCACUCUGGAGGAAGGAGGCCCCGGGGGGAACCUGACAGAGCGCAGCCUCCAGGACGCCCAGCGACUCUUCCUGAUGAACGAUGUGGUCCAGCCGGUGACCGUCAACCCCUUGCUCACCCAGGACAACCUGCGCUUCUCCAAGCUGGUGGUGGACAUUGUGCAGGGCCGAGACACCCUCUACCAUGUCAUGUACAUUGGCACUGAAUAUGGCACCAUCCUGAAGGCUCUCUCUACUGCCAACAAAAGCCUUCACGGCUGCUACCUGGAGGAGCUCAGGAUCCUCCCCGAAGGACAAAUCGGGCCAAUAAAGAGCCUGCAAAUCCUCCAAAGUGACAGGUCCUUGUUUGUGGGACUUGACGACAGACUGUUGAAGAUCCCUUUAGAGCGAUGCUCCAGCUAUCCAACCGAACGUUACUGCAUGGAAGCACGGGACCCAUACUGUGGCUGGGAUCACAAACAGAAGCGCUGCACCACCAUCGAGGAGAGCUCCAACAUGAACCAGUGGACCCAAAACAUCACAGAGUGCCCAAUGAGGAACCUAACGCAGGAUGGCGGUUUCAGUCCUUGGGCACCGUGGCAGCCGUGUAACCACGAUGAUGGCGAGGGCUCUGUCAGUAGCUGUGCAUGUCGGUCCCGCUCAUGUGACGGACCGGUGGCCCGAUGUGGUGGGGUUGAAUGCAAGGGCCCAACCAUCCAGGUGGCAAACUGCUCCAGGAAUGGCGGCUGGACUCCCUGGUCAUCAUGGGGCCAGUGCAGCAGCAGUUGUGGCAUCGGGUUUGAAGUGAGGCAGCGGUCCUGCAACAACCCCUCGCCUCGCCACGGUGGCCGAAUCUGCGUCGGCCAGGGUCGAGAGGAGAGGCUGUGCAAUGAGAAAAAACCAUGUCCCCUGCCAGUGUUGUGGACAGCGUGGAGCCCCUGGGCUCACUGCAGUGCUGAAUGUGGAGGUGGGGUCCACUCCAGGACCAGAACCUGUGAGAAUGGAAACACUUGUCCUGGAUGUGCCACGGAGUACAAAGUCUGUAACCUGGAGGCUUGCCCUGAGGUGCGUCGCAACACCCCCUGGACCCCCUGGAUGCCAGUCAAUGUUAGUCAAGAUGGGUCACGGCAGGAGCAGAGAUUCAGGUACACCUGCCGGGCACUGCUACCCGACCCCCAGCAGCUGCAGCUGGGCAAGAAGAAGGUGGAGACCCGGUUCUGUCCCAAUGACGGGUCUGGAGCCUGUCAGACCGACUCUCUGGUUGAAGACCUGGUGAAGACUAGUGGCCGAACUCUGUCUCAGCCCCAAGGUGCUCGCUGGGGAGCCUGGGAAACGUGGUCCAGCUGUUCACAGCAGUGUUCCAAAGGCUUCCGAACCAGGAAACGAAGCUGCUCGACGGCAGAGGGCAGGACCAACCCAAGCGCCUGCGUAGGAUCCCCAGUGGAGUAUCAGGACUGCAACACUCAACCCUGUCCAGUGAGUGGCGCCUGGUCGUGCUGGUCCUCCUGGUCCCAGUGCUCAUCCAGCUGUGGGGGCGGACACUACCAGCGGACUCGGACCUGCAGCAGCCCGCCCCCCGCCAAUGGAGGAGACAUCUGCAUAGGCCUGCACACUGAAGAGGCCCUCUGCAACACACAUGCUUGUGAAGGUUGGGGUGAGUGGACAGACUGGGGAGACUGUGAUGAGGAGGGUCUGCAGCAUCGCACUCGUCGCUGUGGUGAGGACCAGGAGGCUGAGGCCAGUCUCUGCCAGGGAAACAUCACCCAGUCCAGGCCAUGCCAGCCCCAUGAGGUGCCGGUCAUUUUACCUGGUCAGGAGGACCACAGCUGUGGAACCUUUACCUUGUUCCAGUUGGUAGCUGUGGGCUCAGCUAGCUUCUUUGCAGCAGCGUUAUUGUCGGCGCUGGCGUACACCUACUGCCACCACCUGAACCGGCCGUCAGCAGAGUCAGCAGUCAUCCACCCCAGCACACCCAACCACCUCACCUACAACAAGCAGGGCAACACCACGCCAAAGAAUGAGAAGUACAUCCCCAUGGAGUUUAAGACGCUAAACAAGAACAAUCUCCAUGUGAACGACGAGACGUGCAACCACUUCUCUUCCCCGCUUCCCUCCAGCAACAUGUUCACCACCACCUACUACCCUCCCAGUCUAAGCAAGUACGACUUCCAUCCGGACUCCCCCUGCAGGACCUACAUGCACAGCUGAGAGGAGGCCAGGCUGUAACAACAAAACAAAAAAAACAACCCUCUUUACUCACCCCACCACCACCCUGAAGGGUUUCCUCAUUCAAAACAAACACACCAAGAUUAUUUUAUUAUCCUGUUGGUCAAGAAAGUCUUAAAGUAAACACCAAAAUCAUCCUUAUGUUCCAGUUUGAAUCUGUUAAUAAGAUUUUAAAGGCUCGGUUCAUUUAACCAUUCUCCUCAGACAUCACUGUACACAGAAACUCUUUCACAUUAUGCACAGGUUCAGAGCAUGGUAUAGUAUAUGAAUGAAUCAAAGGAAUCGUUGUCACAGUUGUCACAAAGUAGUUAAAGUACGUACCCUACCUAAAAUCAUAAAUCUCCUUUUUUACAUUUCUGUUUGUGUUUAAACCAACGAGAUAAGGUUUAAAAGUGUUGGCAGGUGUAUUUCUGAACUUUCAACAGAGCCAGGCCCCAGCUCCCUGCCCCCCAAGGAGGAACCAUGUUUUCAAACUACCACCUUCCUCUCACUUCACCCACCCUGAGGUGCUCCACUUGUGCUCAGGGCACUGUGAAAACAGGGUAGGAGCCUGAGGUCCAGAGCUUCAUUUAGACGUGAGACAUUGCAUGUUCCUUCCACUGGACUGAGAAGAGACUCGCCUGCUUGCUUGGCAGGUGAGUUUGGACGACUUAGUAAUACUGUAUACAGACUAUAUGUUGCAGGCAGCUCGGACACUUGAUAGGUGUGGGUUGCCGUCAGUAAAGACUGAUAUCUGUGAAAAAAACCAGACAAAUGAUCUGUUCUAUCCUCACACAUCAUUCUUCACUGUGUGAGCAUGGAGAGAAGAAACAAACUCUGACAGACUUCUGGCUUAUUUGCUUUAAUUUUCAUUUUUAACAGCAGCCACAACCACAACAGAAAACACUGAAGAGCCCUCACUAUGUACUGUACAUCGUUGGAGUCUGCUGACUUCAACAGGUUAGAUGAAUUAUAUUAUGGGUGUUCAUAGAUGUCACUGUUUGUAUUUGUAUCUUUCUCCUGAAACAACAUGAUUGAUUUUUUACUUCAGAAAUGGCUUCUCACAAUUCACUCAUUCACGUCAUUCACUCCUGUUUUCUGGAUGUUAAUUAAGGUUAUUGCUCAACAAUCACCAAAUACAACACAGCUAUACCUGUAUAUUUCAGAGCUUCUCUCAUAAGCCCAUGAACACACCGCCACAGGCUUUUCAACAAAAAGGUAACUUUGACAAAAGUAACACAGCUGGAUGCAUAACUGAUGGAUUAACUUGCUCAGCAGGUCUCAAGUCUCUACAUCUUGUUUUUCUAAGUGAAAAACACAAUGUACAAGACUUUUGUGUGUAGAAAAUGUUCUGCAGCAAAGUAAUAAGUUAUAACUCUGAGAUUUGUUUUUGAUAAAACAUGCUAAACACUGGUUUGAUCUAAGGAAAGCAAGGCAUGGACCACGGACUAAUGUUUUCUCCAAUGCUUCUGGAUACAAUUAAUAAUGAGCAAAUUUGGAAAGAGCAUGAAAAAAAAAACAUAUUUUUACCUUGCACGUUCUCCCAUGACUGUGGAUUUUAACCUAGUGCUCCAGUUUCUUCACACGAUCCAAAAACACACAGCUUAGGUGAACUGGAAACUAAACUGUCCAUAGAUGUGAAUUUGAGUGUUUGUCUAUAUAUGAAUUUUCAAGCAUAUGAGGUAUGAAUGCUAAACUGUUGCAGGUGUUUGUAUAAAUAUGUUUUUCACUUUUCUGUUGCUCAUUUCAACAAACUGUGAAUUAUGAUUAUAAAGAUACAAAUUCAAUAAGACGUCUUCUGGAAAAAAACAGUAUCAUUUGAUACAGAUUUCUCGAGAAACAGGGAUUUCUUUGAAAGUAUUGGAGCAUUUAAAACCAAUAUUCAUGUUUCUUUUAUUAGUGGAAACAGCAUUGUCUGUAUACAUUGUUAUUCAUACAUGUUAAACUGUGGAUGCUUGUAGAAAAGGUUCACAUCUAUACAUGUUCAGCUGAGUUGCUGUACACAGACGUCAAAAACUGGCAAAUUAAUUGGAAUUAAUCAACUGGAGGUGCACGAUUGAUCUCUGAUUGUCUCUAUUUUCCCUAUAAUUAGUACCAAAUUAUGUUUGGAAGAAGCUUCUUGGAAAUUAUUUAAAAUUAUAUGAAAUUACAGACAGGUCAAAUAAAGCAUUUUCACAAGUUCUGCUGCUGAAAACCCUAAAUUAGUGGCUAUUAAAGCCACAAGAUUUUGGCCACUUCUGUAUCAAAAAAUACACUGUCCCCUACAAUCAUGAAUCUGAUUUUGCUGAAGAUUGCCUCAUUUUUCUACAAAACAAAACUCUACAGCUAUAAACACCAGAAUAAUUUGUGACGCUACAGAAAAAAAUCAACACAUAGGUGCUUUAAGACGUGUUCAGAUAUUCACCCUCUGGGUUUUCUGUUACAUUCCAUGACAGUGUUGUUGAUAUUUAAGUUAGUCUGUGCUGUAAAAUAUAUAUUGCAUUCAGUAUCUUGUGUUUCUAAACUGUAAAUACCAAGAAAUGAAUUCAGGUGUUUCUCACCAUUUGCGGUGUUAUGUAGCAUGAAGACAAAACAGCCCUGAGAAUAAUUUGUGUGUCCACGUUUGGGUGCUUGCGUACAAAUAACUGCAUGCACUGAUACUCUUACAUGAAUAUACAUGUCUGUACAGAAAUGUUUGUUUGUAUUUGGCCAAGACAAUGAGAAUAUUAAUUGUUUUAAAAGUUUUGUUUUGUGUUUAAAGGUCUCUGCAGCUCACCGCUCCUCAUUAGAAACAGUGUGUCCUCACAAUUUGUUGUUGGAUCCCUAAAUGGAUUUAUUUUGCUCCCAAAAACACUUCUGCUGAACAUGAUUGGUGUGAAUAUGACAAAACACUGCCUUUUGGACACUGUGAUCUUUUGGUACUCUAUAUUUUUGUAUAAUGUACACUGUAAAAAAAAAAUCAAGAUGAAUAAAUCAAUUUUGGUGCCAUUA